UAUAAUUCAUCAUUCCCCCAAAAGAAUCUCACACUUUGUACUUUCAAUGUAUGUACAUGUAUAAAUUUUUUAUUUUUUGAGGAUAUGUACUGAUGUACAUGUAUGUAAAUUGAAAUUGCUACACUUCCUAAAUCUGUUUUUCCUACACCUUAGUGCACAACACCAUACCUACACUACCUAUGGAUCAUGGGCAUGAGCAUGACAUGAUGAUGAGUCCACCCCCAUCAUCCCCAUCCAUGGGACACACCAACAUGAGCAUGCAAAACCAUAACAUGAUGAUGAUGCACAUGACAUUUUACUGGGGGAAGAACGGCGAGAUUCUCUUCUCCGGGUGGCCGGGGACUCGAACCGGUAUGUACAUCCUCGCUCUCGUUCUCGUCUUCCUCCUCGCCCUCCUUGUCGAGUGGCUCGCGGGGUCUCGCCUCGUAAAGACGGGCGACAAGGGCAGCUUGUCAUGCGUCCUACGGACCCUCGUACACGCCCUACGUAUGGGGCUUGCCUAUAUUCUCAUGUUGGCUGUUAUGUCUUUUAAUGUUGGUGUUUUUAUUGUUGUAAUUGUUGGUCAUGCUCUUGGGUAUUUGGUUUUCGGGUCGGGUAACACGGGUUCUAAUGACCCGAGUUUCCCUCAUUGAUCAUCUUGUUGCUAUAUACUUCCUCCGUUUCUUUUUACUUGUAACGGUUUGACUUUUACACUAUUUACCAAUUCUACUUAAUUUAUGUUUGGUGAUUUAUAGUUAAGGAAAAAUAUAUUCAUGUGCGAUGUUUUUUUUUUUUUUGAGAUCAUGUGCGAUGUUGUUGGAUUCGUAUGAAUGUAUAUUUUUCGAAUAUAUACUUUUUAUAAUUUUUAUUUAUCGGUAAUUAAACUUAUUGAUGGUUGAAAUUAUGCAUUGACAAGCGUGAAAGUCAAAAUGUUUCAAGUAAAAAGAGACAGAGGAAAUAUGUUUUUGUUGGGUGACAUAUAAUGGUUGAUACUUGGUACUUCACCGAAAAAUAAAACCUCUUGCCUUUUUUUCUUUACGUACAUGAUUCAUUAAUCAACUAUUGUUC